CAUUCGUCGACGAUCGCAUCGUGCGAGACGCCGCGCGUGUUCCCCGUCGUGUCGCGUGUUGUGUUUACAGCAGUUUACAGUUUACAGCGAGCGUCGAGGAGAGAAGAGAUUCACCUCGCGCGCCUAUUGCUGGUAAAGUCUAUUCUCGCAUUGACAACGACCUCCUCGCGUCGUGGUCGCGUCCACGCUUCGCCGCUGUCAUCCUAUCGCGGUUUCCCUCCCCCGUCUCGUUCUCUUCCCCCCUUCUGUCUCUCUGCCUUCCUGUGUGCGUGUUGCUCUCUCCGUCUCUCGUUAGUCUCGUUCCCGCACGGUCGAGAAUGACGGGCCGCACCGCUCGUCCCCGCUGGCGACGGUGCGUCGUUUCUGUCAACGUUCAUCGCGUCGACGACGCGGAGUGAACUCGUCGCGUAAGCGCGUCCGAGCCCCCACCGAGUCGUUGAAGCCAGGGAGCCAGGCCAGCCCUGGAAAGCAAGGAAGAUGGAUGCGACGAUAGAGCGGGAGUGCAGCGCGUUGGGUGGUUUGUUUCAGCAGAUCGUCACUGACAUGAAGAACGGAGCACCACUUUGGGAAGAUUUGAUUUCGAAAGCUACCAAGUUACACGCGAGCUUGAGAGCUGCUAUCUUGGCUAUUUCCGCUUAUCUUGAGGCUUUUCAGAAAAUAGCAGAUGCUGCGACUAAUGCCAGAGGUGCAACUAAGGAAAUUGGAACAGCACUGACGCGAAUAUGUCUAAGACAUAAAGCGGUAGAAACUCGUAUGAAAUCAUUUACUAGCGCUAUUAUGGACUGUUUGGUGCUGCCUUUACAAGAGAAAUUGGAAGAUUGGAAGAAGUCUUUAAUCAAUUUAGACAAAGAACAUGCCAAAGAAUUCAAAAAGGCAAGAGCGGAGCUAAAGAAACGUUCUACCGACACUCUGCGUCUGCAAAAGAAGAAAGCACGAAAGGUUCAAGUUCACUUACACGUUCAAGGACAGUCUCAAAGCCACGGGACCUGUUCCGAUGUGGAGCUCAAUAGGAUGCUAGAAUCAUCAGCAGCGGUUGUUCAGGAGAAAAGACUGAGUUUAGAAGAAACGGAACGAAAAGCCGUCCGUGCGGCCCUUCUCGAAGAGAGGGGCAGAUUUUGUCUCCUUGCCCGAUUCCUGAAACCCGUACUCGACGAGGAGAUAGCGAUGUUAAUGGAAUUGACGCAUCUGCAAGAGGUCUCCGAUCAAUUGCAAAGACACGCCGCGUCGCCGCAUCACUUACCGCCUGCAUCCGAGCAGGUAAUAACGGACAUAAAAGGUUGCGACGUUACUCAGUGGUCAUUGGCUACGCCGCCGUCGAGUCCGUCAUUGUCUCUCGGAUCGAGGAAGAGUUCUAUGUGUUCGAUCAGUUCUCUAACUAGUAGCAGUAGUGGAUCUUGUAAAAGCCAUCCGAGCCCAUCUGGACACCCGUGGCACAGAUCGCUUUCUCAGCCAGUUGGUGUCAGGCCUGCCAGCAUCAGCGGCAUUGCAACGCUGCGCCACUUGACCAGCGGUAGUUCCCGUGACUCCGGUUUUACAUCACAGGACACAUUGUACAAUCAACCGAUUUCCGAACAUCAGGUAUCGAAUGUGUCUUCUCUAAGUAAUCAAAGUACCGGUUGCACUGUAACACGACCCGUGACAACUUCUACUUGGCCUGAUUUGCAGGAAACGUCCGCUCAGUACGACCGGCAAAAUCCAAGUGCGAUGAACGAACGGCCACAUACUAUUUCCUCUGCGUACGAAAAGGGGCAUCAAAGACCGGCACUCAGCGUCUACACAUUCCAAGCUCCGGAUCGCGACGGUAGCAGUUGCUGCCACAGCCAACCAGCCUCUCCGGUUUCUUCUUCCUCUUCAUGUUCUUCCUCGAAUCAGCAGCUGUCUAGGGUGCAGCUCCGUAGAAAUAAUAGCGGCAAUCGUCCACCUAUACCGAAUAGAUGUUCCAGUUUGGAACGACCGACUAUUCCGGUGAAGAACGAGCCGCCUGGAAGUCCUCGAGGAAAACCGAAGUUACCGAUUCCGGCUCAUUUGGCGAAAGAAUUGACGACCCAUCAGCUCCAACAACCGAUGUACGUAAACAUGCAUGAGUUAGCGAAUCUAGCUGCCAGUCGUGCUCAAGAGAUGCAGUUUCCACUGCCUCCCCCUCCGGCAUCGUUAACGGCUCCAGGAACUGUCAAGACUGACGUCCCGGAGAAAGAUGCCGGCAGUCAAACAUCCGAGUCCAGUUUGGAAUCCAGCAGCGGAUACGGAAGCCAAAACACUUUGCCGCAUUCUCAUUCGCUUCACAAUCAAAACGAGAACACAUGGAAUGUACCUGGCGCCGCGGCCACGUUAACGACACGCAGAGGGUCGACACAGCAUGUGAGCAGACCGCCGCCGCCGACAAGACGCACAUCCACUGUUAUCAACGCACUCCCCACUUCGUCCGUUAAUGAAGAUCGGGGCGAGAACGUUUGUGACGAGACAGAGAACCUUCCUCCUCCGCCUGCGUUCCUUCUCGAAAGCUCUUCACCCACAGUCAGUCCUACACCUCAGAGAUCCAUCUCGGUUUCCGAGACGGUAAGGACUCUGACCGAGCUCCGUCAUACACCAGCCAGUCCGUCGCUCUUACGGAAGGCUACCGGACAGCAGCAGGCGCAUAGUAAUCCUGCGGGUGUCAUUCAACACAAUACCGUGCUACAAAUAACUCGUUCGUCAGUGGAACGCUCGGCUGCCCGUUCGACAUCUCAAGAACGCGGAUCUGUCGGCGCGCAAACGACCAAUGUAUCCAGUAAUGCUACCAUCAGCCAAGCUGGUCAAGCUGCGGGUCAAGGGCAGGGACCGGGUGGCGUGGGCCAGGGAUUUAUGGCAGUGCUCAACGCUAAACUUAUCGGUACCAUAAGCAGCAAUGCGGCGGGCGUGAAUGCGAGCGGCAGUCCGAAAUCUCUCAGGAAACAGUCACUCUCGGAGCAGCAGCAACAACAACAGCAACAGCAGCAGCAACAGCAGUCCAACAAGAACGUCAAAGCGGCGGCUCCCGGCUUCCUCGAGACGUUGAACGCUAAACUGGCACAGCAGCAACAAGCCCUGCAGCAGACGGGAAACAACGGCACGAGCAGAUCCGCGAGUAUCAGGCGCAUUAUGGGUAAUCGCGUGCCCAUUAUGGACCCUCUGCAAAUGAGAGACUCCCUCAUGGAUCAGAUUAGACGGGGUACCCCGUUGAGGAAGACCAGCGGCCCGAUCAACGAUCGUUCGGCGCCCAAAAUCUACUGAGUAGUCCAGCAGCGAUCUUCGCGUAAGUUCGUAAUAACGUCGCGUUGCUUUACGAGCAACAUGUUCUCAUUCUGACAUGAUUGAUGCGCGAGAUACGAUAAAAAUCAGUCGGAUAGAAACCAGUAUCUUCCGAUUCUUCAUCUAUAUUUUUUGCGCAUCAAUUUUGAAUUUCAUGCGUAAAUGUACCGAGGCCGCCGUUUACAUUUAUUGCGUCGCUGUAAUUUUAGUCUGCCCGUUGAAAUUUCCCUGAUAACACGCAGGCUCCAUAUUAAAUCGAUAUAUGAUUUAUUGUACAAUAACGAGGCGCGUGAUUGAAACAACACGUGAUUAAGUAAGAAUCGAAUCGGGAGUAACUUUGCGUAGGUUUAACGGUGUUAUAUGUGUGUGUGUACACACACACACACACACACGCACGCACACACACACACACGCACGCACACACACACACACACACACACACACACACACACAUAUAUAUAUAGCGAUUAUAUAUUGUAGCGUAAUAUCCGAAAAGAAUGCAGCAUGUGGGAAGAUUUUUAUAAUGCGUAUUAAUAUUUAUAAAGGAAACUGAUUUGAUUAGGGAAUUGUCUCAUAAGAUCCGUACCGAUACAACGACAAUACUCCAGUACAACUUGUGUCUUAUAGUUCUAUAUUUUUUCUGCUUAACACAGCUUGACACGAACAAUUUUCUUAUUGAUCUAUUAUCGCUACUGCUUAGCCUAUAAAACGAAUAUACGGAUCCUUGGGAUCCCGCGAGAGUCAUACAUAAUUUAAUAUCGAGCUUGUGUAUUCGAGUCGUGAAACUUAUAAAUGCAUAUCCGCGUAAGAUGUUAAAGACGUUUACACACGAGUUUUUUUCAUUUUUAUAUGAGAGAGGCGCGAGUCUGUUUUGCUAGUUUUUAUGUUUUUUUUUUUAAUUUAGUAUUUCAUGUUUAACUUCGUCGAAAUGGCCGUUUUCCGGUAGUGUAUUCUCCGCUGUCGAGGUGUUAGUGUAUCUCUCGAUUACGAAUCGGUGAUACAUGUACUAAUAGUAUAUACUAUACGACAUCUUUCUUAAUGUCGAUAAAUGUUAAUAAGCGUAUAUGUCGCGCCUUCUCGAAGGUGGUGUAUUUUACGGUUGUCAUCGCUUGCAAGCUACAUUCACUGCGUUUCUGGGCGAGUUUAAAAGAAAAAGAAAUGUGUCUCUCUCUCUCUCUCUCGAUCGGGCGAAUGCCCCGAAAUCGAGCAUCGCUCCGUUAUCAAAUGUUAGACGUCACGUUGUUAGAAUAUUUUUUUUUACAUACUGUAUCUUUAUGCGCGUCGUUUUGCGUUACUCGUCGUUCUUGCCAAUGCAUGCUCGUCGCAAAUGUACACUGCCUACUCCUGUCUUGGACAUCCGCAGUCGAAAACACGUGUUUCAGUCAUCUAACGCGAGAUAGACGGCGAAUACUGAUUAUUACUGCCAAUUACAUUCAUCUUUUCAUUCCUUACGUAGUUAAGUUCUCAAUGGUAUUGUAGCGAGCCAGCGCGAUGGAUAGUGUAUAGUAAGCAAUAGUAUAUGUUUAUUUAUUUCAAGCAUUUAACUGUAUACAGCGUGAAUAAAUAAUAAUAAUUCCAGAGAAUCUCUAUCCAUUUGAUAUUUAAUAGCUCGUCCUUUGCAAAAUACGGGGUUUAAUGUAGUAACACACGGAGAGUAGAUUCGAUUAAAAUAUCGUUUUGCUGGUGGCAGAUUCGAUCUUAUCAAUGUUAAAUGUCAAAUGGACAAUAUAAUCACGGAUUAAAAACGUAUUAAAUAAAUAAUCGUACAUACAUUAUAACAAAACACUAUUUAAUGUAGCGAGAAUUCGAUUCGGGUGAUUGUUAACUUGUAAUAACUAUUACAAUGCGAUCAAACAUGGGCAACAAAUAAAAGAUACAAUACAUG